CCAAUCAAAAUUGAAACCUAAGUUUCUUUCUGUUGUUGUUGUGAAGAACACAAGAGAAAAACUUGUGAAGGAAAACAUACACUAAAAUUGAUGUGAAGAAGAAAUUUUACAGUUGGUACUGUUGCUUUGAGAGUGGAGUUGAGUAUAGAGAUUUUGAGGUUUCAAAAAAUUAAAGGGGCUCACGCUAAAAGCAUUAUUGCAUUUGCGUUUCAUUUCCCCGCCCAUAACAAAUCAAAAAAGCACUCCUAUUUUCUACUCUCACUCCACAAUCCAUUGAGAAAAUUAACAGUAAAAGGAAAAGUUUGUUGGCGCAGAAGCAGAAUGAUGGAGGAAGAAGAAGACCAGCAAAAGCUUCCAGAUCUGGUGAAGGAGCUAGUUCACCGCUUGCUCUCCCAAAACCUCCCAUCCAAUUCCCCGCCUCUAAACCCUAACUCCUCCGAAUUCCGUAACUCUCUCCGCUACGCCCUCCGCAUCCUCUCCAGCCGCCUCACUCCCUCCGUCGCUCCCGACGCCGCAGCCAUCGCCGACUCCAUCAAGCGCCGCCUGGCCACUCACGCUCGUUCCGCGGACGCCCUCUCCUUUGCCGACCUCUUCUCCAAAUUCGCAUCCAAAGCCCAAAGCGUCAACAAUAAAUGGGCCGUCAUCUACCUCCUAAAAAUCAUCUCCGAAGAUCGCCACAAGACCGCCGCCAUCCCCGCCACCACCACACCUCUCUUGCCCAACCUCGCUAUCUCUGAACCCGCUUCCAACAAGGGCUGGAGCAACGGCGUUUUGCUCGUCUCCAAGGAUCCCGAGAACCGCCGCGAAGUCGCGUUUCGGGAGUUCGUGAAUUUGGUCAAGGAAGAAAACGAGGUGUUGGAAGAGGUUAUCGUCAAGGACGUGCUCUAUGCUUGCCAGGGGGUCGAUGGUAGGUUUGUGAAAUUCGAGAGUGAUAGUAAGCGUUAUGUGAUACCCGAUUCGUUUAGGGUUCCGAGAGCCACUAGGAGUAUGGUUCAUAACCUUUGUGAAUUGGGUGGUUUGUUUCGGAAGGUUAGUGGUUACAUUUCGCAGAGUAUGGAUCGGUUUCCCAAUGAAGAUGUGGGAACCGUGGGACAAGCUUUUUGUUCCGCUUUGCAGGAUGAGCUCAGUGAGUACUACAAGUUGUUGGCGGUUCUUGAGGCUCAGGCUUCGAACCCGAUUCCUUUGGUGUCCGAAUCUGCGAGUUCUGGGAACUAUCUAUCGCUGAGGAGAUUAGCGGUUUGGUUGGCUGAGCCAAUGGUGAAGAUGAGGCUGAUGGCGGAUUUGGUUGAGAAGUGUAGGGUUUUGCGCGGCGGGGCUAUGGCGGGGGCGAUUCAUUUGCACGCACAGCAUGGUGAUCCGAUGGUUCAUGAGUUUAUGAGGAGGUUGUUGCAGAGAGUGUGUUCUUCGCUGUUUGAGAUGGUGAGGAGGUGGGUUUUGGAAGGGGAGUUGGAGGAUAUAUUUUCUGAGUUUUUCAUUGUUGGGCAGCCUGUUAAAGCUGAAUCACUUUGGAGAGAAGGGUAUAGGCUUCACCAUGCGAUGCUUCCUUCGUUCAUUCCGCCUUCACUUGCGCAGAGGAUCUUGAGGACUGGCAAGUCGAUUAAUUUUCUUCGCGUUUGUUGUGAGGAUCGCGGUUGGGCGGAUGCUGCGACUGAGGUUAUCACUGAUAAUGAAGUGACAGCAAGAAGAGGUGGUUUUGGGUAUGGGGAAACCGAUACCCUUGAGUUAUUGGUAGAUAAAGCUGCAAAAAGAAUCGACAAGCAUUUGUUGGAUGUGAUUUUCAAGAGGUACAAGUUCAAAGAACACUGUCUUGCAAUUAAGCAGUAUUUGUUGCUUGGCCAAGGUGAUUUUGUGCAGUAUCUUAUGGAUAUUGUGGGACCUGACCUCUCUGAGCCAGCUAACACUAUUAGCUCUUUCAAACUUUCGGGAUUGCUGGAAACCGCAAUUCGAGCAUCUAAUGCUCAGUAUGAGGAUCCUGACAUUUUGGAUAGGCUCAGGGUUAAAAUGAUGCCGCAUGAGAGCGGUGAUAGAGGCUGGGAUGUAUUUUCGUUGGAAUAUGAUGCAAGGGUUCCACUUGAUACAGUGUUCACAGAGUCUGUGAUGGCAAGGUAUUUAAGAAUUUUUAAUUUUCUUUGGAAGCUUAAAAGAGUGGAACAUGCGCUUACUGGUGCCUGGAAAACCAUGAAACCAAACUGCAUUACUUCUAAUUCCUUUACCAGAUUGCAACAUGCAGUAAAGAUGCAGUUAGUUUCAACAUUGAGGCGCUGUCAGGUUCUUUGGGUUGAAAUUAAUCACUUCAUUUCAAACUUACAAUAUUAUAUAAUGUUUGAAGUGCUGGAGAUAUCAUGGUCAAAUUUUUUGGCGGAAAUUGAAGUAGCCAAGGAUCUUGAUGAUCUACUUGCAGCUCAUGAGAAAUAUCUACAUUCUAUUGUAGAGAAAUCUCUCCUUGGAGACCUUUCCCAGUCUCUUUACAAGUCACUACUUGUAAUAUUUGAUCUUAUAUUACGUUUUCGGAGCCGUGCUGAUCGAUUGUAUGAAGGUAUUCAUGAGUUACAAGCAAGAAUCACUGAAUCCUCCCAAUCCUCUCGAGACCAGAAUAAAACACGAUCACGAAAGCAAUUGAAUGAUAAAAAUGCAGAUACAGGAUCCUGGAUUGUAGAUGGGAGAAAAGCACUAACACAACGUGCUGGUGAAUUUCUACGAAAUAUGGGACAAGAUCUUGAUGCAAUUGCUAAGGAGUAUUCAUCAUUGCAAGAGGAAUUCAUUUCUCAGUUGCCUGUACAGCAGCAUGUUGAUCUAAAAUUUCUCUUUUUCCGUCUUGACUUCAACGAAUUUUACAGGCGGUUGUGUCCUAGCGUGUAGAAAAUUUGUGAAUAAGGCUGAGGGUCAGGCUGAGCAUUGUUUUCUCAUAAGGAUACGGCAUUGAAAGCUUUGCGACCAGCUAACUUCCAUUGUGUGUUUGAGUGGAACAAUUCUAUUGUUGCUAACUUCCUUUGGACCAAGCAUUCCAUGGGUCAUUAUUUGACCAUAGGUAGACACAUUUUGAGAUUUGCGAGAUUGAUUGUUGCAGAUAUGAAGCUAUUAAUAUUCGAUUGGAUGCACGAUGUGAGUAGUACAGACAUUGACAGCUGGCACGUUGUCCAUUCAAUAAAUAAUAUUGCUCUUCCCGUUUCUUGUACUUACAAAGAGAGCAUAUGAUAAGCCAAGUUGUCCAGAUGAGUAUUGGGAAAGUCGUAGCUGAAGAAAGGAGUGUAAAUUGCAUAUAAUCAAGGCAUCAAAUCAAGGAUAUGUACGAGGACAAAAGGCGGGGUUCAUAACAAAUUUUUCUGGUGACUAAAGGAUUAUAUCAACUCAAGGGUAAACUUCCUUUUAGCGUGUGGUACUGAAUGUGUUUACCAGGCAUGCUCUUUUGAGAGAGAUGUGGACCAGGUGUCAAGUUUUAGAGGCACUUCUUUUGUUCAAGUGGUGGAAUUAAGGUGAAGUUUGUAGAAUGUAAGUUUAGCUACAGGCUCGUUAAUCCUAGCUGAGGUUAAAAUUGGAAAAGUGCGUUGAGUAUUAUUUGUAACAAAAAAAAAAGCUAUUCAAGCAUAGGGGGUUAAUUUUCCAAUGAUGUUUUAUGGACUAUGAGGAAAAAGGGUCAAUAAGAAAAUAAUUUAACGAAUUGAGUGGGCAUACUAUUCAAAAUAGGAUUUAGAUGAAUGAAUUCUUGUGAGAAAGUUAAGUUAAUGCAUAUUUCAGAAGACAAUGGUAAAAAUGUGUGGAGAUUCGGGAGAAGACAAAUACAACCUUGAUUAGGACAGUAGGUCAGAUAGGGUAAGACCUACUGCCGGAGGUACAAGUACAAAAGUAAACACUAGGUGAAAGUAAAACCAUUCAGAAAGAUCUAGAGAUGUUAGUAUUUUGUCUUUAUGUCUGUAGCAUGAUUGAUAUAAAAUAUCAUGUCAAUAUUUGAUCGAUGUAACCAGACAACCUCGUCCAAUGGAAAAAUGUCGAAUUGCUAUA